UUCAAAUCCUCCGCCAAAGCAAAAAAGAACCGGUACGGUACAAAACAGGCGUAGUUGUAGUUCUAUCCAAAAUCCGAAAAGCCAGCUGUGUCUAGGAAAAUUUAAAUCAUGGGGAAGAAGAUAAGUCAAGCACCGGCCAAAAUAUCUAAGAGCAAUAUUGAAAAGAAGCAACGUGUUAACAUUUUGAUAAAGGUGUUGAGGCCAGUGGUCUACAUCACAGGCAGCUCCAGCUUCAAAAAGCUUGUUCAAGAGCUUAGUGGCAAUGGAGUCCCAGUUUCAGGCCAAAGAUCUACGCCACAAAUCAUCGAACAAGUCAUCCCGGUUAUAGAUUUUGAAAGCAGUAUGGAAGCCUCCAUUGAUAAUUCCUUCCAACUAUGUAACUAUUUACCCUGUGCAGAUGAAGAGUCUCAAGCCUAUGAUCCACCUUUUCUCGAGCAUUUCGAUCACUUGGCAUUGGAGUAUCUGUCCAUAAACCAACAGGAGGAUUCAUUAGUUUAUGGGGAUCUUGAGUCAUGCUUCCAAUUUGAGGUGGAGGGAUAUCCUCUGGUUCGGCAACGGAAGGUCAGCAUAUAUGACCAUGAGUUAUCGGGACUAAUAUAAAACAACUUUAUUUCGUGUACUCAGGAUAGGUUUUUAGCAAUGACUUUUUGAAUCCGACGCAAGAAGUUGUUGCUAAAAAACUAUUUUCUUGUGCAGGCGUGCAGCGUAUAUAAUCGAUCUUCUAAGUUCCAUUGAAGUACAGAAUAUUCAUGUGCAGCUGAGAAUUUUUACUUUUUUCUGGUGGUGUAAAUUUAAUUUAUUCUAAUCUUUGUAUAAUAUAUAGAGAGCUUGGUU